GAUAUUGAAAAUGGCCAUUGUUAGGCAGCUAAACCUUUUUUCAUGAGUAUUCUCGUCUUUUAAAAAAUUUCGUACUCGAGUAUUUUCUGAAAAGUACUCGAGUACUUUUUAGAAAAUACUCGUACUCAUACUCAUACUCGACACCCAGUACUCGUACUCGUACUCGUACUCGAGAAUCUGCGUACUCGCCCAUCUCUGACAGAAUUAUAUCGUGAAAUAAAAAUACCAAAUCAAUCACCAGAAUUUGAAAUUAUUAAGGAUUUAGUUAAUGCUACUAUAACAAUACAUGGUAAUAAAUGUGGAUCUAUUUAUGGUCAAGAUUCAACAGAAUUUAUAGUUACAAAAAUUACACGAAUACAAAAUGCUAAUUUAUGGCAUAAAUAUUGUUAUAAAAAAGAUAAUAUUAUUGGUAAAAAUCGUCAUAGAAUACCAGGUUGUGAUAGUUCAAAAUAUCUUGAAAUGAAACCAUUAUUAACACCAUUAUCAGAUAAACAAUCAAAUGAAUAUUGGCUAUUUUAUGGUUGUAAUCACCCUACAACAGCUCAAUUAGUAUUGGCUGGUUAUGAUCCUCGUGUAUCUAAUUUAGAAGGAAUGUUUGAUGGUGGUUUCUAUUUAGCAGAGAAUUCUUCUAAAUCAAAUCAAUACAUUCCAUGUCCUCGCUGUGGUGAAAAUGCAAUAUCAACUCAAAUUGAAUGUACUUGCCUUAAUCAAGAACAAAUUGAUUUUAAAAUGAUACUCUAUCGUGUUAUACUAGGCGAUGUACAUAUAGCAAAAACAUCUGAUAGAAAUAAAUAUCGUGAUGCAAUUAAUAAUAAUGGUCAAAGAAGUUAUGUAUGUCGACCACCAGUCAAACCAAAUAGUAUGGGUGAUUUAUAUGAUUCAGUAAUGGGUGAAAGUAUGAAAAAUGAUGGUGAUCAAUUGCGACUGAAUUGUGAAUUUAUUUUAUAUGAAAAAGGACAAACAUAUCCAAAAUAUAUUAGUGAUUUUCAACGAUCCAUACAUAAUAUGCGACCAUCAACAAAUAUAAAACGGGUUCAAGAUAAAUGUCGAAACUUUUUACUUAAUGUUUUUUGA